GCUAUUUGAGAAGGUUGUGUUAUGGUCUGUGUGUGAGAGUUGAGGAAAGAGAAUGAGAAUGUGGAAAGAGAACAUAAGAGAGGAAGCAAAGAAGCAACUAUGGCUGGCAGGGCCUAUGAUAAUUGUGUGUGUCUGUCAAUUUAGUUUACAAAUGAUAUCUCUCAUGUUUGUAGGUCAUUUGAAUGAGUUGUUUCUCGCUGGUGCUGCUUUGGGAACUUCAUUUGUCAAUGUUACUGGUUUCAACGUGAUGAUGGGAAUGUCAAGUGUACUAGACACAUUUUGUGGUCAAGCAUAUGGAGCAAGGCAAUAUCACAUGCUUGGUGUACACACCCAAGGGGCCAUGUUGGUUCUCACCCUUGUUACCAUACCCAUUUCCGUUAUUUGGGUUUUCUUAGGGCCCAUUCUAGUUGCUCUUCAUCAAGACAAAGUAAUUGCAGCCCAAGCCCAAAUUUAUGCAAGAUACUUGAUCCCAAGCCUUUCAGCCAAUGGGCUUCUUCGUUGCAUUGUCAAGUUCCUACAAACCCAAAGCAUAGUAUUUCCUAUGGUGUUAUCCGGUGGACUCACUUGCUUACUACACGUUCUUCUCUGUUGGAUUUUUGUUAUGAAAAUUGGGCUUGGUUUCAAAGGAUCUGCCAUUGCAAUUUGCGUUUCAAAUUGGUUUAACACCAUAGUACUUUCACUUUAUGUUUGGUUCUCCCCGUCAUGCAAAACAACUUGGACUGGUUUCUCAAAAGAAUCAUUGCAUAACAUCCCUCAAUUUAUCAAACUUGCUUUACCUUCAACACUCAUGGUGUGCUUUGAAACAUGGACGUUUGAAAUAAUGGUGCUCCUGUCUGGUGCUCUUCCUAAUGCGAAAUUGCAAACUUCUGUGCUUUCUAUAUGCCUCACCACAACUGGAAUAUUUUGGAUGGUACCAUUUGGAGUUAGUGCUGCUGGAAGUACAAGGAUCUCAAAUGAACUAGGGGCUGGUCGUCCAGAAGCUGCAUUUGUAGCAGUUAAAGUAACCUUGUUCUUGGCCUCCAUGGUGGGUGCUUUGGAAUUUGCUGCACUUAUGUUGAUACGCAAUGUUUGGGGGCGUGCUUUUACCAACGUACCUGAAGUGAUCAAAUAUGUCGCUGCCAUGAUCCCAAUUGUUGCAAGCUCUGCCUUUAUAGAUUCAAUUCAAACAGGAUUUCAAGGCAUUGCCAGAGGAUGUGGUUGGCAAAAACUUGGUGCAUUAUUCAAUCUAGGAUCUUAUUAUAUUUUGGGCCUUCCUUUUUCUAUUGUGACAGCUUUUGUCUUCCACAUGAAAGGACAGGGGCUACUUUUAGGGAUCCUAUUAGCACUUAUUGUGCAAGUGGUGUGUUUUCUUGCUGUCACCUUACGCGCCAAUUGGGAGAAUGAAGCAAAGAAGGCAGCAACAAGAGUAAGGGGCAGUGGAGUCCAACUUGAGACACUUCCAUCUAACCAAAAUGUUAACACUGCUUGAAAGUUGAAAAACCUUGGAUUAAUGUUGGUUAUAUGAAGUGAAAUCUUAGGAUAAAUGUAUUUAUAGCCGGUGAAAAUGAACACACAAAAAAAGGAAGAUUAAGUGAGCUCAAGAUCCUGAAUUCAGAGUUAGGAAGAUUAGAAGAUAACAUUGCUUACUUUCUCUAGAAUUAUGUUAGAAGAUAAAUCAAAU